GAAUCACAUGACUGAGUGAAUACCACGAGGCAUUGUGGGUAUUGAAGUCUCCACGAAAGAGUCGACACCAACCGUCUAAGCAGAUAUUUCUGAAAAUGGCAGCUGAACAAAUCCCUCAGUCACAGACAGAGAGUCUGCUUUACUGACAGCUGCUUGCCAGAGUCCAGAUGAAUGCCAAAGGUCUCCAGAGACACCGUGAGGGGGGAACUGACUUUGAGGAGCAGCGGUGUGUGAAUCUCUGCGGUGUCACUCCUCCACUGCCAAUGCUGAGUCUCGAGUGUUGGAGUGGAGUGUGCCAGUUACAGGCCGGAGUGUCGACCUCACACUGGGACAGUACUGCUCCCUCCAGGAUCCGAUGAUUACAGGGCAGCUGAGCAAGCCGCUGCUCUCCCUGCGCAGCAACAUGAGCGCAGCAGAACUCCGGGCGGACGACAAAGUGGCCACUCCAGACAGCGAGCUGAACGACGAGACCCUGCUCCUGCCCUCCGAGGCCACGGACAGAGUGGGGACCCCCAACAAGCUGUACGGAGCUCGGGACGGUUCGGUCCAGUCUGAUGCCAGCAGCAGUCCUUCAGAGCAGAGUCACCUGGGACAGCCUCACCCAGGAUAUCCAAUGGGUCCACAGUCUUUACUGGUGGCGCAGCAGCUGGCCAAUGCUGUAGGUGGCGUGAUGUCUGGGGCAGCUCCAGGCAUGAACCAGCCCAUCCUCAUCCCCUUCAACGCAGGCGGACACCUUGGCGGGCAGCAGGGCCUGGUCCUCUCGCUGCCCACAGCCAACCUCCAGAGCCUAGUGGCUGCUGCUGCUGCGGGGGGCCUUAUGACGCUCCCGCUCCAGAACCUGCAAGCUACCUCAUCACUCAGCUCCCAGCUCCAGCACCUGCAGCAGCUCCAACAGAUGCAGCAGCACCACCAGCAGCAACAGCAACAACACCAUCAGCAGCAGCAGCAACAGCAGCAGCAACACCAUCACCAACAGACCCACUCCCACACCCAGAACCAGCUGACAUCCCAGCAUCACAUAACCCCACCCAGCCAGCAGCAAUCCUCCGUUCCAUCUCCAGGCUCAGCCUGCUCCUCCACCUCUGGGCAGCCUCAGCAGUCUCCACCUCACAGACCAAAUCACUCACCGGCUCGUAGCCUUCCUUCUCCCGUCACUCCGCCCAUACCUUUGCCGCUGAAUCCUCUGGCCAGCCAGGCAGCAGUAGCAGCAGCAGCAGCCAUGGGUUCAAUCGCUGGUUCUCAGGUGUUUGGCAACACCUUGUCAAACCUGCAAGGAGCCACCGGGCAGCUGGUCACCAAUGCACAAGGACAGAUAAUUGGAACAAUCCCACUGAUGCCCAACUCUGCAGGGCCCUCCAGCCAAUCAGGGGGUGGCAACCCAGCACUGCAGGUACAGCCAAUUACACCUCAGCUUCUGACCAACGCUCAAGGCCAGAUCAUCGCCACGGUGAUCGGCAAUCAGAUCCUGCCUGUCAUCAACACCCAGGGAAUCACACUGUCACCAAUCAAGCCUGGACAGCAGCUGCCUCAGGCUCAGCAGAGUCAGACAGGACCUGCAUCGUCUCAGCCAAACCUGCUCCACAUGCCACACAGACAGAGUCCUCUCCACCAGGCCUCUUCCUCCUCCUCCACCUCCUCCUCUUCCUCAGCUCUCAGCGUGGGGCAGCUAGUCAGCAACCCGCAGACCGCCCCCAGCGAGGUGGACGGGGUCAACCUGGAGGAGAUCCGUGAAUUCGCCAAAGCAUUCAAGAUCCGCCGGCUGUCUCUGGGCCUGACACAGACUCAGGUGGGCCAGGCGCUCAGCGCCGCCGAGGGGCCGGCCUACAGUCAGUCUGCCAUCUGCAGACACACCAUCCUGAGAAGCCACUUUUUCCUACCACAGGAAGCCCAAGAGAACACUAUAGGUAACAGUCUGACAGGAAAACUGAACCCUGGCCUUUUAUAUCCUGCCAGGUUUGAGAAGUUGGACAUCACCCCUAAAAGCGCCCAGAAGAUUAAGCCCGUUCUGGAGCGCUGGAUGGCCGAGGCUGAGGCCCGCCACCGAUCCGGCAUGCAGAACCUGACUGAGUUUAUCGGCAGCGAGCCUUCAAAAAAGCGCAAGCGGAGGACCUCUUUCACCCCGCAGGCGCUGGAGAUCCUCAACAGCCACUUUGAGAAGAACACGCACCCGUCCGGACAGGAAAUGACGGAAAUAGCCGAGAAACUGAACUACGACCGCGAGGUGGUGCGCGUCUGGUUCUGCAACAAGAGGCAAGCGUUGAAAAACACGAUAAAGCGCUUGAAACAGCCCGAGCUCGGCGUGGCCACGCCACUGGACCCUCUCACCGAUUCUCUAGAGGAGCUCCCGAAAUGAACGAGCUCUCUGGACGACAUUUACAACGACAACAAAAAAAAGUGUGGAGAAGUGGCGGCCGCGAGAAACGACGGAAAGUGGACGAACUUAUCUUGGCAUGAGAAGCGAAACGGACAUGUCGACGGACAGUCACGAGUGUGCAAAUGAAAAACUUGUAUGUUGUCAGUGUGAUUACCACAGUUGUGUAAAUCAGUGAUUCCCAAACACUGGGUCGGGACCCACAGGCGCGUCACGGGAGAUGUUUUUGUGGCCCUCAACGACAACAAAUUUGCCCCCAACCUUUUUUUUUAGUUUAGAUUAAUGUGUAUACAUUUUUAAAAAAAACAUUCCUUGGAAAUGAUUCUGUUACCAACUCACAGUGAUAUUCAGGCUGUAAUUAUGCACUUAUUUGAGAUUUUGGGUCACAGUUGUUUGCCGUCUUUAAAAAAAGUGGGUCCCCCGUAAAAAGAAAGUUUGGGAAACACUGGUGUAAAUGACCUUGCAAGGCAAAAACCAAAAACAGGAAAAAAGAGAUUAAUAUGUGAGAAUUAUGUAUAAAAAAAAUAACAACAAUAAUAAUAAUAAUAAUAAAAAAAAAAAAUGAUGUGCUGUUUCAAAGAGUUUUAGAUUCUGGUCUCACACGGACCAGACUUCGCCCAAAUUUUUGGUUCCUACGCGGAGGGAUUUAGUAAAGAGAUCAUACCAAAUCAAAACACUAUUUACCAAAGUCUGUUGCAUCUGAGUACUAAGAAUAAUUUUGUAAUGUAAAUGUGCUCUAAAUUUUUACAUUUGUACUGGCAAAUCUAAGCUAUAUGUGUGAGGUCGAGUAAAACAUUUUAUCUUUGUCUCGCUUACUUUUUUCUUCAUUGUUUGUAUGUAAAUAUCUAAAACAACAACAAAAAAAAAGAAACGAGAAAACUGCUGUCACCACACUGAAGGUUCUUUUUUUUGGGGGGGGGAUAAAAAUGAUAAUAAUAAUAAUAAUAGUAAUUACCUUUGUUGUUAAAUGAUGGCAUUAUAAUGUUGUUUGCCUCCGAUUUGUGUUUCAUCUGCAAAUAUUUUCAGUCACGGUGUAACUUUGUACAACUUUUACAGGUUAUUUAUUGACGCUCUCGUGCGAUCGGAGGGAGAGAGAAACGGAGAAUUGUCUUGUGAUGAUGAGGGGAAAGUUUCAGUGUCAGUUUUUCUUUUUCUUUUUGGAGCUCCUGUGUCUGUAUUCUGUUGCCAAAGCCUGAUAGCCAAAGAACACAUGUAAACAUUCAAGCUCAAGGACUGAGGAAGAUUUUUACCUUUUUAUUUAUUCCUUCUCACCACUUUCUCUUCCCUUUUUUUGUAAUUGUUUUAAUAUUUAAAUCAAGUUCAACAACAAAAAAAACUGUUAUGUCAAUGUCUGCUUUUGUUUUUAAGGAAAAAGGGGUUUCUUUUAAUCAAAUGUACAGCCUUGACUCAAAUAAAUGUUACAUAGCCCUUAAGAUAAAUGACAUUUUGCUAAUAUCACUGAAAAUGACACAUGUAUUUACACAGAAACACCCUUUAAUUGUGCCCUAAAAGGAAGUUAAACGUGUGGUUGAAGCCAAACGACUGAUCUCACUCCAGUUCAGCUGCUUUUAUAACCUUGAAUAUUUUUAAACCUUUCUAUUUUUCUUUCUAUUCCUUGUUGCUUACAGUUAAGUUAAGUGAAACUCUACAAUCAGUGUCUUCAAUGAAGCUGUGUUUUCUCACGUAUGAACUGAUUUCUGCCACAGUAAAGUGUUUACUUCACCAGAUUUCUCGUAAAAGAUCUCAUGUAUUUGUGAUUCUUUUUUUUAAAAUGUGUUUUGGGUUUAGAUUAAUUUAUUUCCAUGUGGUUUAAAAAUGUUGCAGCAGCCAAUGAUUUAAUGACUUGCACUCACAAUCAUUCAGGAAUUGGGUAAUUUCAUGCAUCAAUGUGAUUAAAAUAAUAAUGUAAUGUCCAAUAAUGUUAUAAAUUAUUAUAUUGUUGGUAUUGUUCAAAGGGAAUCACUAAUAACUGAAGACAAUAAUAUUAUAAUAAUAUA